AUGAAAAAUUCAAUAAAUGGUAAGAAAAAGCCAGAAUUAGAAAUCAUUGAAGUUAACUCUGAAAAGUUUAUUUUUAAAACUACUUAUCCGUGGGCUUUCUGUCUAAAUGCUAAUCAAGAGGAAAAAGUGAGGUAUUAUUCUCUUCCUAUUGAUUCCCUGAACUAUCAAAAGUUGCAAAAAAUAGUCCCUGAUUUUGACUUUUAUCUAAUUAUUGGUAAUCUUCUUCAAGUGAACUCUUCUUCUAAAAAACUAAGAGGUUAUCAGCAAGAGGAUGUGAAUUUUCUUAGUCAACUGAAAAGUGUAGCCAUUUUCAGUGAGAUGCGUACGGGCAAAACCCCUACUGCUUUAAUGAUUUUUAAACAGUGGCCGGAUACCUUUAAAAUCGAUAGUGCUUAUUUCAAAAAAAUAAAGAAAAAAAAGGGUAAUCACAAUAAUUUCUGUGUUAUUGUUGAUGAGGCUCAUUUUCUUCGCAGUCGGAGACCUCAGUCUCAACAAAGCAAAAGCAUUUAUGCUUUGCAAGACGCUUCUUUUAAAAUGGUUUUGACAGGAACACCAGUCGUUAAUCAUCAUGAUGAUAUAUUUGGCAUUUUGAAGUUUCUCAAGCCUGAAGUUUACUCUUCUUAUUGGAAAUUUGCUGAACAAUCUCUAUCGGCAAAUAACUCAAUUUUCGGUCAACCGAAGACAGAAAGAAAAAAAUGGCAAGAGUAUCAACCUCUUGAAGUUUUAGCCAAAUUAAAAACCCUCACUCUUUACCCUCCUGCCUUGGGAUUCGCUUUUCAUGGCAUUAAGAUUGAUUACCUAAUUAAUUUCUUUCAGGAGCGAAAAGAACAAAGUGUGAUAGUUUUUUCCACUCGUAGUGAAACAUUUUUAGAGCCACUGUUUCACAUGCUAAAAGAAAGAGGAAUAGAGAUUGGUCUUAUUAUUGGAAAGACUAGUUAUCGGGAAAAAGAAGAAUUUAUUAGACAGUUUCAAAAUGGUGAAUUAAGUAUUUUACUUUGUAAUAUUCAGAGUGCUGGGGUAGGAUUAAAUCUGAGCCGAGCCGAGACCAUUAUUUUUGCUGACCGUAGUUAUUCUCCUGCUGAUAAUGAGCAGGCAGAAGCUCGCUUCUUAUCCACUACUGAAUCUGAACUACCCUGUGUUCGUUUAAUAAUCGAUCUGAUUUGCAAAGGAACAAUUGAUGAAAAAAUACUUAAAUUGCUUAGAAGGAAAGAAGAUAUAACCAAAUUUCUUAACACCAACCCUA